GUCAUAUGUAAGCAGCGCCACUAAUUCUAGGGAAAAUGAUUUGAUUGAGUACGUUUUGUAAUUAGUUACAUGCAGAGAUACGAUGGCUAAAUAUUUAAUACAAAUUAUCAUAACUGGAACGCAAGUUAUCGGUAAAGCUUUUAUACGAGCAAUACGUCAAGAAUUGGCAGCAAGUGAAGAGGCUGCACGUAGAGCCGGAGGAGGUGAAAGAGGUGCACGACAUGCAGCCACUAACCUACGUACAGGCAUGACUUUGAACGAAGCAUUACGUAUUCUUAACGUAGAACGACCUGAUCAAACGGAACUAAUUGAACAAAAUUAUAAAUAUUUAAUGGAGGCAAAUGACAGAUCCAGAGGUGGGUCAUUUUAUUUACAAUCUAAAGUUGUCAGAGCAAAAGAACGCAUCGACGAAGAAAUGAAAUACCAACCACCAUCUCCAAAUAUAAAUUCAACUAAACAAGAAGCUUCUAAAACGUUCUAGUAUACUUACCUAUAAAUAUAAAUUCUUCUACUGAAUUCUAGGAAUCUGUACAUAUUAUGAUAUAUAAUACCAUUAAUAAAUACUACGAACUCUGUGAUUAUUUGAAAUAGA